UACAGAGUUAGAACCUCUGUGAGAGAGACUCACUUACUGCGGAGGUGGAUCGCCCAGUAAGUUCCGAGUGAUAGCGCAGAAAUGUUGUCUCUCAGUCUCCAUCGUCCUUUCCUCUCGCAUCGACAAACUGCGUUCGGUACAGCAUUUAGUGGCAAUACAUUAUUGACAAUUGAUUAAUUUUUUUUUUAUUUAUUCACUAUUUAAUUUUACAUAUAACAAGUGACGAUGUGAUUAAUUUUUUUUCAAUUUUUUUUUUUUUAGUUUAAUAGUAAUUUUUUUUUUAUUUGAAUUUUAUAAAUAAAUAGACGCGCGAAAUUUUGAAGAUCUGAGAAAAUAUGCACACGGUGAUUUGGACGUUCGUGGCACUGAACUUCAUACAGGUUUCGGUUUACUGCUUGACUGCAGACGAAAUCGAAGCUGAAAGAAGCGGAUGGAAUUUAACUCCAAAUACGCAAUAUCACAUACAAACAGACGAAGGUCCUGAAAGAUUUUUCCGAUUCCAAACACUCAAUGGACAGUAUCGGAAGGAGAAAAGAUUAGCGGAUGGUACUGUAAUUGGUACAGAGGGAUGGCUUGAUCCUUUAGGAUAUUUACGAAUUAAAGAUUACAUCGCUGAUCAACAAGGAUUCCGAAUUCUUAAAUCGAAAAUGGUGUUCGUUGGAAAAGAUCGACCAAUACAAGAUGCAGUUUCAAUUUCAAAAAAAGUACCUCCUCAAAGUGGAAUUUUGGUAAGGCCACGAAGGCCACCUAAUCCCUUUAGACAACCAGAAAUAAAGGACGUGUCUGGUAACAGCAUUGAGGUGAAUACAGUAUCACCAUUAAGGAGUUAUUCCCCAUCAACAGUCUCUGUGGUACAAUAUGAUCCAAUACCAACGACAUUUCGACCUAAAUUAUUCCCCUUUACAACUCCAUCGCCCUAUGAUGAUGUAUAUAAUAAUGCUAAUUCAAAUUACCUCUCAACUGGACAUCAAAUUAAAAAUAAUCCCUUUAUCAAUCCAUAUGAAAGAUCGUAUUCUUAUCGAGUAUCACCACAACCUGCUGUAAUUGUUCAAUCGCCGAAUUUUAAUGAUGAUCAAUUACAAGCGUCGAGCCAUGUGAGAGUGGCACCUAAUGGAAUCAGGGGCUACAGGCUGGCUAAUAAUACUGUCAAUAGCAAACGAUACUCUAGAUAUCGUCCAGAAAUUGCCAGACCACGUGGAUCAGUAAGAUAUCAAGAAUAUCCUACCUACGAUGGUCAACAUCAGACUGCUGAUGGAUUUCAAUAUUACCUCAAAACACAUUAUCACGAAGAGGAACAAAAACCAAAUGACAAAACAAUAGGAUCUUUUGGAUAUGUCGAUCCAUUUGGUAUUAGAAGGGUAGUUUAUUAUAAAGCCGAUCCACAAAAUGGUUUUGUUCACAAGAAAAAUAAUAGAUACGUUGGUUUCAAUUCAAAACCUUAUGAUCCAGUGUCAACUGGUUCACAUUAAGUCGAUCACAUCCCCUCCCCCCUCCAAUAAUAUUUAUUUUCAAAACUAAAUCCCAUUCGCAGAGAUUAUUCAAUUAUUUUUGUAUUUUUACUUUUGUAAAAAUUUUUAAUAAAUACUUUUUUUUUGUUUAUUUCUAUAUUGGCGAAAUAUUGAACAACAGUAAGUUUUAAAAUUAUAUAAAUUUCAUAAGGAAAUUUUUUCUUAUAAUAUAUUUAUUAUAAUUAUUAUUAAUUGUAAUACUAAAUGUAAUAAUGUAAUAUUAAAUAUUAAGAAUUCUUUCAUAUAUCUCUGCAUUGGGAUUUAUGUCUUACUGGCAUAGUAUAAUUUGCCAACGCCAUUUUCUCAGUGAGUGAUUUUAUAAAAAAAAUAAUUUUAUCAGGACUAGUAAAAAUCUACUAAUAAGUCAAUGAACUUUUUCUAGAUUAAAAAGAAUCUUAAGAAGUAAUAAUUCUUGAUUAUUUAGAAUUAUUUGACUAAAUGACACAAUUAGUUCGUGAGAGCAACUUGAAUCAUAUUAAGUAGCUCUGAUAUUAAAAAACGAGCGUUUUUUACAUUAAAAGUUUUUAUUUUCACUUUUUUUUAGUUAUUUAUAUUGUUUUAAAAUAAUGAAUUGUUUAUUAUCCUGCCAGAAAUUUGAGGAUUCUUUAAACGGAUAUUACAUUAUUAUUAUUGUAUAAUUAUGUAAUAUAUAAUAAUAAUUAUAUAUGUAUAUAAUUCAUAAUUAUUAUUAUUUACUAUAUAAUAAUAUCAUUAAUUUUUUUAACGCAGAAAACGCUUGUUAAUUUAAGCUAGUGAAUAUUAUAUAAAUAUAUAAAAUACUUAAACUCGACGUGCCAGUCGAUGAAUUUCAUCCAUUUACAUUUUAAUUUUUUGUUUUUGGUUAUAUGUAUGAUAUAGAUGUGCGUAUGUGAGUGUGAAUUGAGAUUUGUAUAUGUAAAAAUGCUUAGAGUUCAAAAUGUCCAAUAGGUUCAAACAAAUUUGUUGAAAAAAUAAUUUUCAUAUUUUCAAUAUUCUUAUUUAAGGGAAAUUAUUAAAUUAAAAAGAAGACGAUAAUAUUUUAUUUACUUAUUUAUUUUAGUUAUUUAAAAAAUAAUAUAAAAAAUCGUUUAUUUUUAAAUGAAAUAAAAAAAUUCUUUGAACAUUUUUAUUUGAACCUGUUAUUAUUCUAAGUACAUAAUUUCGUGAAAUACGACUUGGGUGCUUUCAAUUUUUCAGAUCGAUUUUAUAGAAGCUUCAUUAAAAAAUAAUUAUCAAUUAAUUUUUAAUUAAGCAAAAAUUUAUUGAAUCGAUCAGAAGAAUGGAUUUUUAAUACGCUUCAUAAUUUUAAUAUUUUAACGGUUUUUUUUUAUAGCUUAGAAUAUUAGACGCUUUAACAAAUUGACUACUAUAAUAUUAUAGUAGAUGUGUUUGUAGCAAUUAUCUUGCGCUUCAAUUUUACGUUUAUUAGUUUUUAUUCUAAUUCUCAUAUUAUUUAAUUUCUUGAACUUUUUUUCCCCGAUAUUUGGUAUAAAAUUCCAGUCUCAUAAUUGCCUAUAUUUUUGUAAAUAUUUUUUUUGUAUAUUCAAUUUAAUUGAUUUUUAAUUAUAUCAAACAAUUGAAAAUAAUUUUUACUCUACAAAUUUUUAAAUAGUAAAAUUUAAAUAAAAAUUUUAAAUAUGAUUCCUAAUUUUUGGUUUUCAUCAGAAAAAAGACAUUUAAAACAUCUUUCUUAUUAAUGAUAUCUAUUUUUUAUGUUUUUAUUUUAUGGCUGUUGAUUUUUUGUAACAUUCCAAAGCUAAAUUUCAAUAUUAUAUUGUAUCGCUUUGAGCAAAUGUACGUGUUUGCGUCACUAUUUUUUGCUUUCUAAGAAAGUUUAUAUCUCGAAUUCACAAAAGCAAUUUUUUUUCAAACACAAUGUUUCCAGAACAAUAUAAAAUCAUUUUGAAUAAGAUAAUAAAAUUAAAAUCUUAAUGAAUCUCAUGCAGACUGAAAUUCAAUGCAGUCAGUGUUGUAUUUAUGUUCGUUAUAUUUGUUCACAAUUUAUUAAAAUGCCAAAACGCUUUUAAACUAAGUUUAAAUAAUUUUUUUAAAAUUAUAAAUUAAUAUUUCUCAAUCGCUACUUUUUUAUGAAAAAUACAUCUUCGUAAUUAAAUUCAAAAAAUUACAUUAUUCUUAUGUAACGAGUUUUUUUUUUUAUCAAAACCUUUGAGUAUAUAAAAUAUGAUUCUUAAUAAAUUAAUUAUUGUAAUUUUCAUUUUAUUAGUUUCAACGAAUUAUUUAAUUUUCUAACAUAUUUAUAUUAAGCGAUAAGAGCAGUUGAUUGAUCUCCUUUGCUUUAUCGAUUAGUUUAAAAAAAAUUAGAAUUUAUAACCUGCGAGAAUUUUCUAACUUUUAGUAUUUCGAUACCUCAGAAUAAUGUUGUAUCACUUUUUAAUUUUUUAUUUAAUACGUCCUCUUAAAAAAUAUAAUUACUUAUUAUAUUCAAAUACUAUCCAAUAUAGUGAGAAGAUAUUUCCAUAAAAUAAAGGAAGUUUUAAAAAUAAUGAAAUCCCUUUUCGAAAAUCGAAGAAAAAUACUUUUAAAUAUUAAAUAUACAAAACUGCUUAAUUAGAAGCACAAAAAUGUAUCGACAAUGAUUUAUGCCUUAAUAAAAGCAAAUUGAAAAUAUCUCGAAAUCAAUUAGUUUUUAUUUUAAUUGAUAAAAAAAAUUUAUCAAAUAUUUAAUUGAAAAAAUAAAAUAAUUAUUACUAAUGCUAUAGUUUCAGAAAAGGAGAAAUUAAUUGAUUUUAAUUUAAUAAAAAAAACAUGUUAAUGAAAUAAAUACAAAAUUUGUGUUUUUGGAAUUAUUUUUAAUUUAAAAAAACAUUAUAAUUUUUCGUAAUGACUGUGACAGGUGAACUGCCCUAAAUAUCAAUUCUAAUACAAUUUGUUUUUUAUUUUCAAAUAACGUGAAAAUUUGAAAAGAAUUUUAAUAUUUUUUAUUUCAAAAUUUAACUAUAAAUAUUUAAAGGCUGGUGGUGAAAAUGUGAAAUAAAAAGAAAUUAUGUAACGAGUUUUCUCACUUUACGAUUUAUGAUAAUAUUUUAAUGAUGAUAAUGGUCGGAUUGGCACAGGUCGAAGGGUGCAUUUCGCAUCUUAGUCUUUACGCACAAUAAAAAAAAUUACAAUAAUAAUAGUAAUAAUACUACAAUACAAUAAUUAUAUUAAUAUUAAAGAUACAAGGUAGGUGAUAUUACGACAGAUAAGAAAUGAAGCUUUGAACAAUGCUUUUCGUUUUUUUUUUUUUUUUUUUUUUAAAUUAUUUCGGUAUUGUUUGAGUAUUUCGUUGAUUGGUGUUUAUAAGGAUACAAUUUUUUUUUAUAU